AUGUCAGUUGAUAUUUCCAGUAAGUUUCUGGAUUACGGACUAUCAUGCGAAGACCCAGGCUUUCAGUUUUCAAAACCAAAGUGUAAACUUUCAAAAGUGGAAAUAUGCUCUGAACUCACAGAAAACUGCUCCAAAUGGCUCAUUGAACCAGCUCCAUUCCACUCAAUGGUCCAGGAUUUUAAAAUGUUUUGUGGCUCGAAAGCUUAUGACGCAGCGUGGAUUGCCACUAUUCAGUUCAUUGGAGCUCUUGUUGGAGCAUUGGUUUACGGUCACUUAGGAGACUACUUUGGGAGAAAACCUGUAUCUUUUGUUGGUAUUUCCAUUGGAAUCAUUUUCGGAGUAGCAUCAGGAUUCGCCCCAACAUGGCAACUAUUUGCCACAUUUCUUUUCAUUUGUGGUACUUCUGUCGCGUGUAUUAUGGUCGUUUUCUAUGCCUAUAUUCUGGAAUUCAUCGAGCCGCAGCAGAGAGUUUACAUCAGAUCUUUUUUCAAUUGGGGAUACGCUCGUCUCGUCUUCACCUUGGUUUGUUUCAUUUGUGGAUACUGGAGAUCUACUGCAAUCGUCACCUCACUUCUGGCUCUUCCAAUCCUUCCAGUUCUCCUGGUUCUCCCAGAAUCACCAAAAUGGUAUGCCACCAAAAAGCGAUUCCGUGAGAUGAAGGAAGCUGAGAGGAAAGUCGCGUGGCUGUCUGGGAUUCCGUAUGUGGAGAAGGAGGACAGAAAAGAGGAGAAAUCAGAAGAAAAAGACACAAAGAUGUACACGAUUCGAGACUUAUUCACCACUUGGCCGAUAGCCUACAGUACGAUUGUAGUGGGGUCGCUUUGGUUUUCGACGAGUGUCUCCUCCUUCGGUGCUGAUCUAAACUCGGGAAAUCUAGCUGGAAAUUUUUACUUGAGUCAAUUUGUCUCUGCCGCUGCCAUUGCCUUAUCUAAAAUCUCCAUCUUUCUCCUCGACAUGUUCGUCCCUUCAUUCAACCGUCAACGUCUUCACCAGGUGCCUCAGAUCAUAAUGAUCGCAUGUUACACUGCUAUCAUGGCACUAAUGAUAACACCUGACACGGAUUGUUCCAGCGAAGGAUCUAGAAAUCUGGCUAUUAUCAUCAUAAACAUCAUCGGAGCAUCGUUCAUCGAGUUGACUUGGGAUGCAUGUUAUCUGGUGGCUGCGGAAAUAUUCCCCACGAGAAUAAGAACUAUUGGCAUUGGAACAUGUUCUCUGCUCGCCAGAACAGGUGCUCUCCUUGCUCCUCAAAUGGCAUAUCUCUCUGAUAUCUACCGUCCGAUUCCGUAUGCAAUCGUCUGCUCAAUUGGUACUAUUUCUCUUCUUAUCUCUUGUUUCUUCCUCCCAGACACCAAAGGAGUUGAUUUGGCUGCAUUGGAUGAAAAUAUUCAAGAGGAGAAGAGAGAAGAUGAUGAUAUUCAGAUUACUGUUGAUGAGAAUUUAGCAUAA